CCUCGGCUCUCUUCAUCGCCUCCAACACCCCAUCACAUCUUCAACCUGACGACGAAGUCAACGACCGCAGCUGCCUGUGUGAUAUGUUCAAUCCAAUUGCUAUUGAUUGCCUUGCAACAUUGGAUGGAAACCAGACAACAGACCAGACCAAUGAACCCGCAAACGCCAUGUCGCCAAAGCUACCUCUAAGUAAGUGAACAUGGGGAUCGCGGGGCCGAGUCUUCAUCACAGUCUUCUCAUCCAUGGACUUCAACAACCUUGAGCUGGACACUCUACCACAUUUGUUUUCCUGGACCAUGUCAACAUGUGAUUGUUGCUUCAAUCUACACUUGGAUGUCACCUCAAUGGACCAUGUCUCGGCCUCAUAGGUGGAAUAAUCACCCUCUCGGCAAGCUUUCCCCGCCCAUCUCCAGAGUACCAUUCUGGCCAAAUCCUGACUGGCAAAAUGCGGCAUCUAUAUCACGGUGUACUUUCGCACAUAUAGGCCCGUGUUCGGGUUCAAUUGAAGGUAGGUAUAAACACCGAGAAAUCCCAGACAUGUUGACCGAUGUGCACUUGACAAUGUACCAUCACCACUGCUCAACAUGAGGCUCGUCGCCAUUGUCGCUGGCCUCAUCGGCCUCUCUGUCGCCGCUCCCACCAACCAACCUCACGGCGAUGCCCUCGACACUCGCGCCCCAUGGCCCAACGGCCCCCUUGUAACCUCCGGCCGCUGGAUCCGCGAUGCCUCGGGUACCAACCUGACCUACGCCGGCGUCAACUGGCCUGGGGCAGCCGAUGUCAUGAUCCCCGAGGGUCUGCAGUACCAGUCCAUCGCCACCAUUGUGUCCAAGAUCAAGAGCCUUGGCAUGAACGCCAUCCGUCUGACCUUCGCCAUUCAAAUGGUUGACGAAAUUUACUCCAACGGAGGGAAGGAUAUCACCCUGCAAAAGGCCUUCACCCAGGCCCUCGGGUCGACAAACGGCCCCAAGCUGCUCGACCAAGUCUUAGCCAAGAACCCCCAGUUCACGGCGAGUACUACCCGGCUGCAGGUGUUUGACGCCGUAGCGGCCGAAUGCGCAAAGCAGCACAUCUUUGUCCAUUUGGAUAACCAUAUCUCCAAGGGCAUGUGGUGCUGCUCGACUGGCGACGGAAACAGCUGGUGGGGAGACACGUACUUUUCCGCAGCUAACUGGACAAGAGGUCUUGCUUAUAUGGCUAACCAUGGGAAACAAUGGACAUCCCUCAUGUCCAUCGGCCUCCGCAAUGAACCGCGCGAGCCUACCUCUGGGGCAGCCAAAUCCACAUACAACUGGCAAACAUGGUACACAUACAUGAAGCAAGGCGCCGAAGCUGUGCACUCCUCGAAUCCCGACCUUCUCAUCUUCUUGUCCGGCCUGUCCUUCGAUACUUUCCUGACGCCUGUCGUCCGGGGCACCGCUUUGACCCCGGGAACCGGCAAGUUCAGCUUCAACGACUUUCCCGGCUACGCCGACAAACUCGUCCUCGAGCUGCACAACUACGAAACCAGUGCCAACAACUGCAACAAUCUGCAAAAUAACUUGUACAACAAUGGAUUUGAGGCGUUGACGAGUUCUACGGUAAACCAGUUCCCCGUCAUGUUAACCGAGUUUGGGUUCCAGAUGGAUGCGAGUACGUGGAAGGGGACGUACGCUAGCUGUCUGGCAAGCUAUUUGCCCGCACAGAAGGCUGGCUGGUUUAUCUGGGUGCUGGCGGGGUCGUAUUACAUCCGGUCUGGCACGCAGGAUUACGACGAGGGAUGGGGGCUGCUGACCCAUGAUUGGAGUACGUGGAGGAGUCCGAGUUAUGUCAACGGGGCGUUGAUUUCCAUGGUCAAGGAUACCCUCAGCUAGAGGCUCAGCUAAGCAGCAAAUACACUCUGUCCCGUCCAGUUCUUCACGUUCACGCCUCUGCAUUUUCCUCCGCCUCCUUUUCAGCCUUAUAAGGCUCCUCCUCCACAUACACAUCCCAAUCAUACUUUCUCCCCACAUGAUCCGCUCUCAACUGCUUCUGCCCCCUUCCAUACACCUUUUCUCUCGCCGUCCAUGCCUCCGCUCCUUCAUGUGCUUGCUCCGGAUAUAGGCCCCGUCUCCUCAACUCCGGCACCAAUAACUCCACCACCUCUUCAAACGUCCCAGGCGUCGUCACAUACGCGACAUUAAACCCAUCAACAUCUGCCUCCCUCACCCAUCUUUCCAUCUCAUCUGCCACCUGCUCCGCCGUCCCCACCGCCACAGGCCCCAGACCACCAAUUGCUGCUCGUUCCGCUACUACGCGCGGCGUCCAUUUAGGCACCUCUUCCGAAGGAGUGGUGAAGUUAUCCAGAAUCGACAGAUCUUAUUCUUCUCCUUGGAAUCCGACGCCGAAAUCUCCUGAUCCAGAUCCUCAAACUGACUAAUAUCAAUCCCCGUCCAUCCAGCAAAGAGGACCAAUCCACCAAUGACGCUGGCGUUUUUGCGCGCUUCUUCAUACUUGGCUAGUGCCUCCUCUUCCGUGCGGCCAACAAUGGGAGUAAAGGUCGCGAACACCUUCAAACUAGCAGGAUCGCGACCUUUUUGUCGCGCCAACUCUCUCAGCUUUUGGACUUUGGGUGCCAAAACCGAGGGAGAAUGGGAAGAUACAAAGACUGCCUCUGCGUGAGUUGUCGCGAACUCGGAGCCCGCUGAGGAGGUGCCAGCUUGGAAGAGGAACGGGGUGCGUUGCGGGGAGGGCGGGACGAUGUGCGGGGUGGACAGUUGGAAGUAUUUCCCGGAAUGGUUGAUUUGCCGGAUUUGCGAGGGGUCACUGUAGAUGUCAGAGGAUGGGGAGAGUUGGAUGGCGGAGGGGGUCCAGGAGGCGUUCCAGAGUCUGAAGUUGGGCAGGUGCGUCAGUAAUGGCAUCCAAUAUCGAGGGGAAGAGAAAGAGUAAGAGGACAGAGAAAAGGGGGAAACGUACUUGUACAACACCCUCAAGUACUCGUCAGCCUGCUCGUACCGCUGAUCAUGUUCGAUGGGGUUGUCGAGCCCGAUAGCCUUGAAUGCGCUCUUCUUCCAACUCGUCACGAUGUUCCAACCAAUUCGGCCUUUGGUCAAAUGAUCAAGCGUCGAGAACCGCUUCGCCAGCAAGAAGGGAGGCUCGAAGGAAGUGGAAGCCGUGAUACCAAAGGCGAGAUUUUUCGUAACGGCCGCCAUUGCGGAAAUGGGCUGUUCAGAACUGCUGUUAGCGGUGUCUUCUUGUCGGAGGAAUCUACAUCCAUGUUGCAAUAUCCACGUUCGAUAUGGCCGCGGCACCACGAAGGGGAAAAAAAAGGGGGGAACAAGGAACAAAAAAGAGAGGCCAAAAAAUAUUGGUAGUUGGUCAAUGAUACCCAAAGGCAUCCCCUCGUC